UACACCAUCUAUCUAAAAAAAUUAAAUCCCAAAACCACUGCACAAUCAAGAAUUUGAGUACAGAAGAAAUGAAACACCAGAAGUAGUCCAAAACAGAAAUCCACAACUGUAGAAUCGAAGGGCACCACAUAGAAAUCUCAAAGGAAGACCCAAUUCUCAGAACACCAUUUCAAUCAAACCCAAAUUUCAAAAUUCAGUGUCAACCAAAAUCAAGAAUCAUGGCUGAAAGUAAAUCAUUGACACCUCCUCAUGUGCUCAUCUUCCCGUUUCCUAUACAAGGCCAUAUCAAUUCUAUGCUUAAGUUAGCCGAAAUUCUCUGCAUCUCCGGAAUCAACGUGACCUUUGUCAACACCCAGCAGAAUCACUCGCGUCUACUUACUCUUGGCAAUGUUCAAUCCCGUUUCAGCCGAUUUCCGGGGUUCGGUUUUGAAACAGUGCCGGACGGUCUUUCUGACGAUCAACAUCACUCUUCUGGAUUCACUAGUCAUCAAGACUUUGUUAAGGAUGGGAUUCAUCGGAUGCACAACGUUACCAGGCCGGCUUUUCGAGAAUUACUCAUUUCAGAUCGAUUUAAGCUUGACGCACGGGGGCAAGUUUCUUGUAUCAUAACUGAUGGUAUGUCAGGUUUUGCAAUUGAUGUUGCUCAGGAGCUGGAAAUUCCAUCCAUUUCAUUCCGUACCGUCAGUGCCUGUUGUAUCUGGGUUUAUCUGUGCUUCCCAAAACUUGUAGAAAAUGGUGACAUGCCAUUCAAAGUCGAAGAUAUGGAUCGGUUGGUGAGGAGUGUCCCAGAGAUGGGAAGCUUUCUCCGGUGUAGAGAUUUACCAAGUUUCUUUAGACCUACAGAAGCCAACCAUCCUGGUCUAGAUUUUAUCAAUAGAGAAACAUCCCAUUCAAUGAGAGCUACAGCUCACAUGGUUAACACAUUCGACGAUAUCGAAGCUCCAAUUCUAGCGCAAAUGAGAUCUUACUGGCCAAAUCUAUACGCAAUUGGUCCUCUUAAUGCACUGUUGAAUGCCAUGAGAAGUAGCACUACUACUAAAGUUUCUUCUUCAUUACCUGUAUCCUCAAAUGCUAGUUUGUACGCGGAAGACAGAAGUUGCAUGACUUGGCUCGAUAAACAGCCAGAGAAAUCAGUGGUUUAUGUUAGCUUCGGUAGCAUUGCGAUGGUGACCCCGGAGCAAUGGGUGGAGAUAUGGUAUGGACUAGUCAAUAGCAGUCAUAGAUUUCUGUGGGUUAGACGUCCUGAUUGGAUUCUUGCCAAAGAUGGCCAGGAAAGUCAGAUACAGGCGGAGCUGGUUGAGGCAACGAAAGAGAGAGGUUACAUGGUGAAUUGGGCACCGCAAGAGGAGGUACUGAAUCAUCCAGCUGUUGGUGGGUUUUUCACUCACAGCGGGUGGAAUUCGACUCUGGAAAGCAUGGUUGCUGGUGUACCCAUGGUUUGCUGGCCACAUUUGGGGGAUCAACAGGUAAACAGUAGGUAUGUCAGCGAGGUGUGGAAAAUUGGAAUGGACAUGAAAGAUGAUUGUAACAGACUAACAGUGGAGAAGCUAAUUAGGGAAAUGAUGGGUGCUAAGAGAGAAGAGUUAAUGAAAUCAGCGGUGAAGGUCGCGGAGAUGGCACGUAAGAGUGUUAGUCAUGAUGGGUCAUCUUAUCGCAACUAUGAAGCUUUGCUUGAAUUCAUAAGGAAGUCGCGUUAAAACUUACGGUGAAUGAUCUGUUAUGCAAGAUCAAUUGCUGGCGUCCAAUAAACAGUCUCAAUAUUAUAAGCUAGCUUAGUUGAUAGUUUCUGGUCAUGGUGCAUUACUGCGCUUGUUCUCCAGUUUAUUCAGUUUGAGUUAGUGUGGCUGGAGAGUUUUUCCCCUUUAACACCAGGGUGCAUUAGGCUGUGCCUCCUCUGUUCUAGGGGUUGCUUACAAACUUAUGUUAUUCUGUUUAGAAGGAGAAAGGAACUCCAUUUCAAGGAGUUAUAGUCUAGAUAGCUCUAGAGAAUUAUAAAGUCGGUGUUUGUAAUCUCUUUUCUGGUGACUGAAAUGAACUCAUCUGAUUUAUCUCU